AUGCGAUGACAACAAGAAAAACUAGUGGUUUGGUAUCAAUUAAUACACAGUUAUAUAAAACUACACCCAUUCAAAGUAUUCUUCAAGCAGAACAACAGGAUAGAUUUUUACAGCCAACAGAAUUAAACCAAUUACUAAGCUAUAUGAAAAGUGGAGUAUUAAGAUUAGAAAUUGCUGAAACUUUAAGUAAAAACUCUACUAACAUUGUCAAUGCUGCCAGUAAUAGAAUAUUUGUUGGUGGUUCACCAUUGUCUUAUUUAGAAAAACCUGAAGAAUCAAUAGAUAUUACUACUAUUAAUACUAAAAAUACUAAAUUUGUUUUUUCUAAUAUUUUUAAAAACCUAUUUAGUAAUGAAGAUAGUAUUCCCGCUGGCUUUAAACCAAUUAGUAUAGUAAAAUAUGGUUCUAAUAAAAUGCGUAAAUCUUUAAGAGAUUUAGAUUGGUUUUUACGUUAUUUAAGCUAUGCGAUAGUUAUAGGCGAUCCUAAUAUUUUAGCAGUAAAUAUAAAAGGUUUGAGAGAAAUUAUCGAAAAUGCCUGUUCAACUGCUGCUACUAUUGUCGCACUAAGAACAAUGAAACGUACUUGUAUAAAACUUUUUUCUUCUAAUCCAGAAGCAGAAUCUAUAAUUAAUCAAUAUUUUAAUGUUAUUAUCCAAGAAUUUGAAGCACCAUCUUUGAGUGAUAGAAUUAGGAAAAGAGAUUCUGCUGAUCUGCAAGGCCUAAGAUUACCACAAACUUACUUUUUAUCUAGUUCAACACAAUUUAAAUAUGUAAUGAAACCUAAUCUAUCUGCAGAAGAAAAAAAUGCAAUAGUUAGAGCAGCAUACCGUCAAGUUUUUGAGCGUGAUAUCGUUAAAGCUUAUAGUUUAUCCUUAAGUAAAAUGGAAUCUAGAGUUAAAAUUGGUCAAAUUUCAAUGAAAGAGUUUAUUAGAGCCCUAGGAAAAUCUUCAUUAUAUAGAAAGGAAUUUUUUGACCCUUUUGUUAACAGUAGAGCAGUUGAGUUAGCUUUUAGACAUUUAUUAGGUAGGGGUAUAAGUUCGUUAGAAGAGUUUCAAAAAUAUUUUGCUAUUGUCUCACAAGAAGGUUUAGGUGGGAUGGUUGAUAGUCUAAUUAAUUCUAAAGAAUAUAGUGAUUAUUUUGGUGAAGAAACUGUACCUUACUUAAGAAGUUUAGGAGAAGAAGCUCAAGAAUGUAGAAAUUGGGGAGUUCAAAUCAAAUUAUUUAAUUAUAGUGCACGUUUUCAAAAGAAACCUCAGUUUAUUACAUUAUUUAAAGAUUAUGAAACACCUUUACCUGACCAACAUCCCUAUGGUAAUUCCAAUGAUCCAUUAGGUAUUCAAUUUGGAGCUAUUUUUUCCAAAAAAACAAGUACAGCCUUUGUUAAUAAAGAUGUACGUAGGAUUUUAAUAUAUAAGGGAGCUGCUAUUGAAAAUCAAUUAAGUAGGCCUUUAAAACUUAAUGGAUACAAAGAAUUAAAUUCAUAUAAUUUACAAAUUAUUAAGCACUCAGAUAAUAGUAUUGAAAGUGUUAUUAGAGCAUGUUAUUUGAGAGUUUUUGGCCGUGAUCCGUAUACUGAAGAAAAACUAAAUUUACAACCUAUAGAAAAUCAGUUUAGAGAUAAAUCUAUAUCGAUUAAAGAAUUAAUCAGAGCUUUAAGCAAGUCGGAUUUGUUUAGAAAACUCUAUUGGACACCAUUAUACAUAUGUAAAUCUAUUGAGUAUAUACAUAUCAGAUUAUUGGGACGCCCUACAUAUGGACGUAAAGAAAUAAAUAAUUAUUUUAACCUAGCAUCUCAAGGCGGGUUUUACAAAUUAAUUGAUGCAAUAAUAGAUUCUGAAGAAUAUAAUCAAGUAUUUGGAGAUAAUAUAAUUCCUUAUGAGAGGUAUUUAACUCCAUAUAAUUUAAGUUUAGGUACAUUAAGAGUACAUUCUAUAAAAGAAAAAUUUAAAAAAUCUCAUUCAACUAUAGAUAAAAAUUUUGUUGAAUUAGGUACAGUAAAAGAAAUCAGAAGCAAAAAUAAUAUUACUAUGAAAUUAAAGCAGGGAGUUUCUAAACGAAGAGAACAAACAGUAAUUUUUGCUCGUCAUAGUAAUAAUAAUCAAUCUUCUUUGGAGCAACUAAUUAAGGCAGCAUAUCGACAAGUUUUUGAACGUGAUAUUGAUCCUUAUAGUAUAGGCAGAGAAUUUUACUUGCUAGAGAAUUUAUUUUAUACUGGCUCUUUGACUGUGAAAGAAUUUGUUCAACAUUUAGGUCAAUCUGAAUUAUAUAGAAAAGAAUUUUUUGAACCUUAUCCUAAUACGAAAGUUAUUGAAUUGGGCACUAAACACUUUCUAGGUAGAGCACCAAAAGAUCAAGGAGAAAUUAGGUUUUAUAAUCAAAUUCUAGCUUCUCAAGGAUUAAAGUUUUUUGUUGAUAAUUUAAUCAACAGUCAAGAAUAUAUUGAAGUUUUUGGUGAUAAUAUUGUUCCUUAUAGAAGAUUUCCAACCUUACCUGCUGGAACUUUUCCUAAUACUGAAAUUUUAUACAAUAAUCUUACAAAACAGAAAUUUUUCAUGGUUAUGCCAAGUUAUAAGAACAGAAAAUUAUUAUCAGUAUAGUAGGAGAAUAUAAUCAAAAUUCUCCUUGUAAAAAAGGGUAUGUCUGAAUAAUUACUAUAGUUAAUGAACUUAUUAACUAUAGU